UCUCUCUCUCUCUCUCUCUCUCUCUCUCUCUCGCUCUCUCUCUCUCUCUCUCUCAAGAAUUAACAAACAUGCUGUUUGUUGUAGCGCUAAUUAUAAUCGUUUAUUAUUCUGCUACUGUGGUAACAUGUUAAAAAAUGUGUUAAAAAAACCAUCGACUUUUGGAUAAAAGAGCAGUACUUAUUGUUAUUCUUUCUGUUUAACAUAAAUGUUUCCUUGAAUUUUCAUUCAUAAAUAUCAAGCAACAAGCGUCGAAAUGCGCGUGCAUUUUUGACUUUGCACUUUUAUAAUUUAUGUAUGUGUAUAUCCUUUUUUGUGCAAUAAUCCAUAUUACUAUUGUUAAAGUAAUAUAUUUAUCGAGUCGCUCUACCUACUUAUAUGUAUAGCGAAGUAAAGACGAACAUCUACAACAUACCGCAAAAUAUUUGAUUGUCAAUUACGAUAAUUCUAAAACACUCACAAGUCGCUACUAACACUACCUACUAACACUAAUGAUGACUAACUAUAAUGACGCAGGAACUCAUCCAGUGUAUUAUUUCAAGAAAGGACACUUUUUCAAAUGUUUGCUCAAGCUUGAAAUGAAAAAAAAAUGUCUUAUGAGUGAAUCAACUUGUGUUCAGUUAUAAAAACUCCAAUGGAUGCUCUGAUAUCUGACUAAAUAUCACUAGAUGACUUCGUUUAGAUAACUAAGAAGAAAAAUUAUGAGUGUUCAGAUCGAAAUUUAACAAUAACAAUGACAACAAUUUAACAAUAAUAACAAUUUAAGAUUAACGAACAUAUACGAUUAAUCUGACAAUAUAUUGUUUUCCGCAUUUAUACUGGCUUAUUUGUUCAUGUCUCCAUAUGUCUCCGUAUGUUUCUAAAAGAAAAACUUAUUCUAUUUUAAGAGUUGUUCAUUCGCAGACACUUUAAGAAGUUUUUUGUUUGCUGCUAAUAAAUCUCUCACACAUAAAGCUUGUUUACACAGCAAAGUGUGACUCAUUUUUAAAUCUUCUUAUAUCUAUAUAUGUGUGUGUGCGUACAUGUAUGCACGCAUACCUAAGAUCAUAAGGCUAUAAUUAAAGAUAACAAUAAAUCACUGAACUAUAUAUUUCCAGCGAGACACUGUCUGACGCUCAAAAAAUAAUCCAAGACAGAAGGCCCUGACUGAUUUUUUGUUCUUCUCAUGUACAAUCUAAUAAAGAAGUUUCUCAAAAAAUAUGUAUUUCAUGUACAAAAACAGCAUGAGAGCAAAAAUGCAAAUGAAAAUGAGAAAAGGAACUUUCUGCGACUAACGGGGGCGUUAAAUGUCACGAUAAUGUAAUAAGAAGUGUAACAACUGAAAGAGAACGUAACUCCGUGCAACUCACUUCCAAUAUUUGGACGCUAAAAUGUUACUUUAUUUGUAUAAAACGAUAAAAUGUUAUUUUAUUUGUAUGAGUGUUUAUAUGAAUUAUCCUUUGCAUAUCUUUUAUGCAUAUUAAACGCCGAUUCUACAACCCAAUAUAGAUUGAGUAAGAGAGAAUUCCACUCAUUGUCUUCCUCGAUUGCGGAAAUUAUAUAUAAUUAUGUGCAAAUUAUGAUAGAUUUAUUCAAAGAUAUAUUAUUCAUUUCUUAGACGAUCAGUCAGUUUGGCAAACAUUUAUGUGCGUGCCAUUCAAUACAAAAGAUAAAGGGAAAAUUUGCAUUACUUCAUAACUUACGGAGAUGAAAAAUUUGAAAACGGUUCGCAUGCAGGAAAGCAUCCGUGAUUAAUAACGAUGCUUCGCAGAGAUGGUGUCGAAGAGAUGAGAAGAAAACAGAAGAAGGAACUUUCCAUAGAAUUCAGUGCAUUGUAAGAAUAUUCUUUGCAUAUAAAUAAUGUUUAUAAUGCACUUUUCUCCGUCAUUAUACCAUUAUUGUCAUUAUCCUAUAAUAUUCAAUAUAUAUCCAAUACAUAUCGUGAAAUGAGGUCAUAGACGCAAGUGUUACUUUAGAUCGUAAGACCGCAGACGAAUACUCUCAUGGAAAUUCGCAGCCACUUAACCAGUAACUGCUGUGAAGCCAUUUUAAGUACGCGCACACUGUUCACCGAUCAAAUUGACCGGUAGGAAACGGAAUUGAUGAACAUCUUGACAAAUAACACGACCACACAACUGCGCGUAUAUCAGUCGACUGACAUUCAGAAUGUAAGAAAAUACACUGACGAAUGAAUAUGCAACUAGAAAAUUAACUGCGUUAUUUAAAUUUCAAAUAGUGCAAUUGACCGGUCAAAUUGACCAGAGAACAGCAGUUACGGGUUAACUGAUGCAUGCUUCAUUUGUUAUGAGGAAGUACCUCAUUAUAGUUCGCGCCGAUAAAUAUUCAUGCAUGACUAUAUCGGCGUAUAAAGGCUGUGCCCGUCGUAAAGUGUUCUUAUAAAUUCUCUGCGAGCAUGACAAUUUAGUUUUAUUGACUCAGUCUGUGUCAAGUUUGAAUCGAGUGCUCAGCAAGAUAUAUCUACGUACAUGAACAGGCAAACAAAUGUACAUGUUCUAAAGUAAGCUAUCGCACGAUUUUUACGUAAUUGCAUAUUUAAGUGUGAAAAACAUACGUUUUUUAAAAUCAACCUAGAGAGAGUUGUAAAGAUAGAGCUCAGGAAGUAAAAUGUCAAACAUUUCGACAUUAUUAUUGUUAUUAUGCAUCGGUAUUAUUUUUACCAACGCGGUGGAAAUCGAAACAGUUUACGAAUGGAAAUACUUCGAUUAUGAAUGGGAAAACGCUAGUCACAAGGAAGCAGCAAUCGCAUCGGGCGAUUACAAUUACACAAGGCCCCUGGUUAUCGAUACCGACGUUUCGAAAGACGGAAGGGUCUUUGUAACUAUCAUAAGAACUGACGGCGUUCCGUCGAGUUUGAACACUGUUAGUCGACAUCGUGGCCCGGGUGGUCCUCUCCUACGGCCAUACCCCAAUUGGGAAUGGACUAAAAUAAAUUGCAGCGGGAUUAUUAAUGUUUACAGAGUUGCGAUCGAUCCUUACAACAGAUUAUGGGUCUUAGACAAUGGUAAAAUCGAAGAAACACUAAAUUGUUCCGCACAGCUGUUCAUUUUCGAUCUCAGUAUAGAUAAGUUAAUUAAAAAUAUAAAAAUACCGGAAGAUAUCGCAACAAAUUCCUAGAAAGUCGGCAAACUGAUUACUCCAAUUGUCAAGACACACGGACCCCAUUAUACAGAUGCAACGGUGUACAUAGCGGACGUCGCAGGAUACGGGCUUGUAAUUUAUGAUCGUAACAAACAAUGGAGUCGACUAGAGUCGAAAGAAUUUCGUGCAGAUCCAGCUGCUUCAAAUUACACUAUUAUGGGCGAAAGUUUUACACUGGAGGACGGCCUUCUGGGAAUGGCGAAGCAUCCGGUCCUGCCCAUUCUCUAUUUCAGACCCAUGUCUUCUCAUAAUAUGUACAAUGCGAGCACUAUUGAUCUGGAAAAAUCGCGAAAACAUGGAGAAGUGCGCUACCGCACGAUACGAGAUGUUAUUCCUAGCCAGGCCGCAGCUAUGGCUAUAUCGUUCGGUGGUGUAUUAUUCUUUGGUUUACCCACGGAAGUAUCCUUAGCAUGUUGGAACACCAACAAGCCGCUCGAUAAAAACAGCUUGGGUAUCGUCGCUCACGAUCAGGACAGGUUCCAAUUCAUUAGCGGCAUUAAAAUAAUACGUACCAUAGGUGCAAAUGAAAAUGUUUGGUUUGUGUCUAAUCGUAUACAGAAAUAUAUGGCUGGUACGACGAAUUUUACAGAAAUAAAUUUCCGUGUUAUGAAAGCGGAUGUCGCUCAGUUGAUAGCUAAUGUAACUGUUUGUAACUCACCGUAACAAUAAAGACUAUUACAGGUACAAAAUGAAAAUUUAAUAAAUUUACUUUUAACAUGAAAGAAUAAUUGGUUUGAUCAGGGAAAACCUCUUAGAAAAGUAUUUAAACUCAUAAAUAUUUCAAAAAUUAAAUUAAUUAACGUUAAACUUACUAAUGUACUUGUUUACACAAUUUACGCAUGAGGAAAAGCCUUUUUGGAGGAAAAGCUGGUUGAUAAAACUAGAUACUUCCUGAUAUCUACGUCGAAGGAAUUUUAAUUUUUAAAAUCGUUACAAGCGCUCGGUCAUUCGCAUGUAAUAGAUAAAUUGCGAUAUUUAAAUCAUUGACAGGUAAUAUGUACGCUUAGUAUACGCGUUUAAGGCAUAAGUGCGUUUUAGGAGAAAGUUGCUUCGAAGAAAAUCUAGUAUUACGCAAAAAUUGCGUCAUAGGCACAAAAAUUGCGUCUAAUAUCGGAGCGACUACUUAUCGCUUCUAGCGGGUUUAUAUCUAACAAGUUUUUAAAAAACGCUGUGAUGCGUUACGACGUGCCGAACAAUCGAAUGUUAAAUUAAAUUUGACUUGCAACGAGAAAUAUAUAA